AUGGAAGAGGAACUGAAAAACCCAGAUCGACAAGAUGAUUGUGAUGAAGGAACGAGGGACGGUAGUGCCAGACGUGAACCCAAGAAGUUUAAGCGUAGAUCUUCAGGGGAAGUUGUCCCCAACCCGAGCCCCAGAUCUGAGAAUGGAUCGAUGUCAUUCCUCACCACGCCCACUCCUCCAGCGUCGCCGUGGGUUGGGAGGUCCUUCGUAGAAGCUCUGAAGGACAAACCAAGCAAACGGGACUUUUACGACGACUCUGAGGAGGAAAUGGAAUUAGCUGAAGAAAUUAUGGAGGAAGAAAAGGAUUCGGGAAAGGAGGCAGAAAUUGCAGCCUCAAAAUUCCCAAGAGUAAUAAUAGAACAAGGGAAGAAUGCUGACUUCUGGAAGCCGUGGAGGAAAAGUCUGAUUGUCAAAGUGCUAGGACGAACAGUGAACUUCCGCACUUUUGAAGUGAACCUGAGGGAACUUUGGAAGCUGGACCAGUAUUUCAAACUAAUAGACCUAGAGAAUGGCUACUUCAUCACUUCGCUCCUCAACAAAGAAGAUUAUCAAAAGGUUUUAGAGGGAGGACCCUGGAUGUUCCAAGGUAACUAUGUCACCAUAAGCAAAUGGAAGCCAGAUUUCAGGCCAACGAAAGAGGAUAUCAAGACAACACUAGCCUGGGUCAGACUGCCCGAAUUGCCAAUUGAAUAUUAUGUUGAAAAAUUCCUCAUGAAAGUGGGGAAUGUGGUAGGCAAGGCGGUGAAGGUGGACAACCAAACACUGGAGGUGGCUAGGGGAAAGUGUGCGAGGAUUUGUGUUGAAGUGGAUUUGAAAAAGCCACUAAUACCCUUUAUUUGGGUGAACAAUGACUUGCAAGCGAUUGAAUACAAAGGUUUGGAUGCAAUAUGUUUUGAGUGUGGCCAAUAUGGUCACAUUGCUGCUAACUGUCAAAAGAACUCCGCUAAUGGAGGGGGCAACGAUGCACAGGUCAACCCUGUUGCUGGGGAGAGACAUCGGACAGAGGCACGGGUAGCGCCGGAGGCCAACCCCUAUGGGCCCUGGAUGCUGGCAAAACAGAGGAGAAAUAGGCUAGACAACAGACUAUAA